AAAAAAAAAAUAUUAAUAAUUUUUUUUUUUAAAUAUAGAAUCAAAAAAUGGAACAUGGUAAUACUAUUUGUGGAGUUAAAAAUUGUUUACCAAUUUUAAAAGGUGUUGCAGUUGUUGGAUCAGCAAUGUUUGCUGGUAUUUCACUUUAUAUACAAAAAGUUGAUCACCCAUCAUUAGCAUCAUUACCAAACGAAUAUGCUUUAAGCCAUUGGCGUGAAACAUUUAAAAAAGUUGCACCAAUUCAAGCCAGCUUAGCAUUCAUCUCAGGUACUGCCUCAUUAUUAACAUUUGGUUCAAUUUACAACUCAUAUUGCAGAUCAAAUGUCGUCAGUAGAGUUGUCGAAGAUUCAGUUCGUCAUUGCUGUAGAUGCAAAGGAUUAGUAUGGUUACUCGGUGGUGGCUUAAUGCUUUCAAUUAUUCCAUACACUUUACUUGCAAUUCAACCUACAAAUAAAAAACUUUUAUCAAAAGAUACCGAUCCAUUAGAUAGAGAAACUCGUUCAAUGCUCGAUGCCUGGGGUGAACUUCAUUCAGUUCGUACUGUUUUAAGUAUGGUUGCAUGUGGUACUUUCUUUUUUGGUGUAUUCAGACAUGCUCAUCCAUACUUAUUAACACCAGCUAGAUAAAUCUAUUAAAAUAAAGCCAACAUUGGGCAAUAAAUUUCAAUUAUUUUUAAAAUUAGUUUUUAGAAAAAAAAAAAAAAAAUAAAAAUAAAAUAAAAAAAUAAAAAAAAAAAAGAUAUUUUUAAUAAAA